AUGAUCAUUGACCAGACUUGGGACUCUGUUCAGCAGCCUCACUUUCUCACCUCUUGUGUCCCAGGCACGCUUAUCCAACUGCCACUGUACACACAGCAACCUACUCAUUGGGAUACACGAAACUAUGACUACAUCGACGAUGACCAAAGUUUCUAUGAGGAGCGAGAUGAUGAUAACACUCAAGAUGAAGCCGUCGAGCCUCAACAUCUCCAUCUACAACAACGCACCAUUGGCAGCAAUGAGUUGCUGGCAUUUCAAGACUAUCUUGUCCAUUUUCAGCUCCAGAGACCACCCAAUCAAAGAGUGUCGACACUGAGGCAUCUGGAAAUCACUGGCAACACUGAUUGGAUCCCGAAUGUGUGUCUGCUCGUGAACAGCUGGUUCUGCUCCUUGCUCGAACGACUGGAUUUGACACUUCACGGCCACAUUCGAGAGGAGAUCAUAGCGCCACUUGAGCUGGCACUCAACAACAACCUGGCCAUCGACCAGGUCAUGCUCAUCUUUGAGGAUGAUGGGGAUAUCUGCUUCCCCGACCUGCUUGUCGUCUGGUCAAGCGUGUUGCCCGUCGGCCAACUCUCAAGAAAUUGCACUUCCAGAAUUCCCAAAGCCACUCCCGCAUGGACCUUCUCUGCGAUCUACUGA